CGCACCACGUGGCUUCGGAUUCGCGCCAGGCUCGAUACGCUUCCCUUCCUUCCUCUCUAACCCGAUACCAACCAACCCUACUGCCAGCAAAAAGAACUCUCACCAGACGCACCCCGAUACGCCCUCGUCGUCGACGUCGUUCUACUCCCUCGUUCCUCGUCCUUCCUCGUCCUUCCUCGUCCGUUCUCGCCCAUCCUCUCUCUCUCUCACUCUCUCUCUCUCUCUCUCUCUCUCAUCUAUGCUACGAAACGAUGCCUUCAGUCGACACGCGGCAUCGCGACGCGAAUCAGCGAUCUUCCUCCUAUUGAGAUUUUCUCACACCAGUGUGUUCUUCGAUCGGUCUAUCCGAUAAAUUUCUCAUUUUUAACGGAAGAGAUUCAAUUUCUAUCUUCCUUCGUUUCGAAUCUGAUACUUCGAUUCCGAGAAUAAACAGAUAGAUAUAACUACCGUUCGAUAAUUCUAACGCGAUUUCAUUUUUCAUCUCUUCGACGACAAAGGAAGGAAUUUAUCUUACAUUCAUUGUGCCUUCGUGUAUGAUUAUCGCGAUGAGGAACAAUAUCCUUUUCGUGGCGAGCGUCAUUCGACAUUGACACCAGGGAAAAAAAAUCAUGGAUCGUGCGAAGUGUACGAGUCUGGGUGGAGUUACUUUCGGAUUUCAUCGAUUCCGACGUAUUUGCUGGUGACGGCAUGGCGUCAUACGGAAGACACAUUUACGAACCCAACUUGACUUGAAAGACGCGUGGGCGAGAAAAGAAGGGACGCGCAAGCACGGUACAGACAUACCGUUUAAAAGAAACGACAAUGUCAGCGAUCGCUACGGAGUCGCUGUGUCCAAGCACUAUUCCCGAUGAAUCGACGACCGCUGUUAUACCGACGGUUACCAAGAUCGAUACCAGACUGGACGUCAGUCCGAUCUCGGUGGUACUCGCCGUCUCGAUAGUUUGCAUCCUCUCGCCGAUAACCGUCACGGGAAAUUCCAUCAUUUUAGCAGCCUUUUAUAGGUACAAGAGACUUAGAACGGCCUCGAACUACCUUCUCGUGUCCUUGGCCGUUAGCGAUUUUGGGGUCGGAGUGUUCAUGCCGUUUGGUAUGCAGCUAGAACUCUCUGGUCUGCCAGAAAACGGUACGUCGACGCUGUGCAUCCUUCCGUAUUGCAUCGUGAUCGCGCUUUGUAGCGUGAGCGUACUAGUUACGGUGGCAAUAGCGGUAGAUCGUUUGACAUCGUUGGCACAACCAUUGAGAUAUAAGAAUAUCAUCACUCACAGCAGCAUCGAAAAAUAUAUCGCCGUAUUUUGGAUCUAUGCGAUCUGCGUUGGACUCUCGCCUUUGAUCUACGCUCAAAUCACGGGUCUGACUGAAACGCAUAGCGGAGGUUGUAGGUUCGGAGCAGCCGUCUUGCCGCCUGUAAGAGUCUUCCUGGUCGUAGCAGUUUGGGCGCCGAGCGCUCUCGUACUUCUCGCUUGCUACGUCUACGUCUACCUGGUAGCACGCGCUCAUGCACGUGCUAUUUACACGGUAGAAUUAUCAUUCCGACAUCAAACGCAAACCAUGGCUUUGCCUCGCUAUGGCCAAACGUUGGCUGUAACGGUUGGAGCCUUUUUCAUCCUUUGGCUUCCGUUUCAAACCUGCAUGCUGCUCGACAUCUUCUACGACACCAAUUUCCUUACGGAAUGGGCGGUCGUCUGGUUGGGUCUGCCAAUUCUCUCUCACAGCGGAGCAAAUCCUUGGAUUUAUGCCUUUCAUCACGGUGAGAUGCGAAUAGCGGCGGGAAAAAUAGCCGAGGACCUAGUCGCUUUGUUCGGUGUUACGCCUAGCCGAUACGGCGGAUGCUCGCCCGCGAGACGCCAAUCGAAUACAAAUCUAGAAUUGGCCGAGGUGAACAACGGCAACGACAUUAGGGAACGACAACACGUCGAAAAUUGUUUCGCUCCCAAACAACAAGUGGGCGGCAACGCCCAUUACUCGAGCAAACGUUGUUUAGACAUAUCCGGAAGGCAGGGAGAUAUUUCGCCGGAAAGAAAUGAAGCCGAUCGUAGUUCGUCCUCGAAAUAUCAUCCAAACGAGAUCGUCGAGGAGGACAUCGAGGAUCUGAGAAAAAUGUUGGAUCCGAAAUAUAUAAUCGAUCGGAAUCACGUUAUAGAUUCGAAUCACAACAUCGAUAAAAUUAAAAAUCUCAAGUACCUACUUGAUCCGACGUUCGGUAAAAUAAGACAUCUUAGACGUCUCAAUCGCAAGAGACUCCUGAGCAAGAACUUUUCGAAGAAAUGGUCCGAGCCCAAGUUCAUAUCCUAUCAGAAUUUAAAUUCCGACUGUGGUGCCAAUAGAAAAUUUCUUCAGUUCAACGCCAUGUCCGAUCCGGCGUUAAACGCCGUAGCCGAUAGCCAAUCAAACGACAUCGACAGGACGCUCGACGUCGAUGCGACGGCAAAGGACAUGGAUGCGGAUGAGCGAGGAAAUUCGAAUCUAUCCUCGAUGUCUUAUCCGAAUAUAAGGACGGCCGGCGGAAACACGUCCGAGAUUAACUCGAGAGUAUUCGUAACGAAUAAGAAAGGAUCAGAGCUCGUUCACAGAUAUUCCGUCGAGAAUUUAAAUAACAAUAUAUUCGAUGGACGUCCGUCUGACGACCAAUUUGAUCGACGUCAAACGGAGAGCCAAACUAUAAGGAACGUUUAUUCGCGAGCCCGAACGCGACCACGAUACGAUCUUACCAACGACAUAGACGUUGCGCGUAUUCGCAAUAGCUACUCGUCGUCCCUAUGUACGAGCGAAAACUCGGCGAACCGCAACCUCCUUGGAAGUCCAAAGUAUAGAUUAUCUUCGAGAACUAUGAAUGUCAUCGGCAACAACAAGCUGCCUUCUAACCUGGCGUGUUUUGGGCCGAAACAACGCCGUGCGGCGCCGCCGCCACCGCCACCGCCACCGCCGUUGCUGCCGCCGCCGCCGAACGUAUCGAAAAACGUCAAACUUGAAACCGACCUAUCACCCUAUCGAUUCUCGCAAGUUCGAAUAAAGAUGCAACUAAUACACUCAGAAUCGGUAAAUCGGAUCGAGCCAAGCACCGAGCACGCGACAUUUUUUCGAAAUUCGAAGCUCGCCGAAGGAUUAACGAUUCCCAUUAUACACUCGGAACCAACCAGUCCUUUGGAGCCAGUACCUUUGUCCUCGGCGCAAGAAAAAAAAUCCAAAAAUUUUCAUGUAGAAAUUACGACGAGGAACAACGGUGAACUCGAGUCGUGUCGAAAUCGAAAGAGUCCCGUACGACACUCGGAUCCUACGUUGCCGUCGGUAUUAUUCAACGUCGAGGAUUUUAGCGAGACCCUCGUACCGACCGAUCUUUCGUACAAGGAGUUACCAGAGACGAUAGAUACUACCGAGAGAGGACCGAUACAAUUGUUCGAAGCUUUGCUCAGAAACUAUGAGAAAACGAGGGACAAUAAAUUGGCCGAACCGAUAUUCGGCGAACACGAUUCGACGAGAUUCAACUCGAGACGGCCGUCCGACUCGAAAUGGUCGGAAUCAUCAAAGAGUCAAGAAAUUUUGUCGUGCGUUAACGAGCAUCAAGCCAUUCCCUCAUCUUACUCGGUGAACGACUUUCAAACGUGCAACAGCGGCAGCGACUUGAACGAUUUGACGUCCUUAGAUCCGUUUAUGUGUCCCGAGCCAUUGACCUCUUCGUUACGCGAAUCCUUCUUUGACGCACCCUCGGUACCUGACUCGGACAUUUUCACAUCCUUCGAAGAAAACGACACGGCCGAUUUUUCCCCGGAAACCAAUCCGAUCCGGACCGACUUAUCAUCCACCGUCUACAACUCCGUAUCCGCGAUCAAUCUAAAGAGCUCCCCGAUCGCUUACGAACAAAGCAAAUCGACCGAGUCCGUAUUUCGUAGCAAACGUACCGAGGACGGUUCUUGCGGGAUCUUGGAAUCGUCGCCUUCUCAAAUACAUCGUGCCAAAAUUCGAAUGCGUUCGUACAUGGACGCGAAGAAAACAAUUCGUUUGGCGCCAUUGGCCGUACCGACUCCUACCGAUAUUUCUACUCCCACCUUUGACCUUAUCUCGGAAAGAAAAACAGACGGGCCCGUAUUGGUCUAAUCGUUUAUACGAGCAUGGCUUAUAGAGACAUGGGCCAUAUUAAAAAAGAUGUACAUUUUGAUUUUUUUUUUCUAAGUAUACUGCGGAUACUGCGAAAAGUCGUCUAAGAAGAAAUUCCACUCGUCGGUAUCCGAAAUCGGAGCAACAACUCUCACAAUUAUAUGUUUCCUUUUACCUAGAAGAUCACGUAGAGAAGAAAUAUAGGGUAAUCCAUCCAAUUGGAUGAUAAUAUUUUAAGGAGUAUAAAAUAUAUCGCAAGUAUAGCUUUGUUAAGUGUAGCGCAAUUUGCCGUGCCAAGCGAGUCAAAGGGAUGUCUUUGAUUUUAAAUCUAUACUAUUAAUUACCAAUGUAAUUUUACCGCUUGCGUACCUGAAAACAAUAAUCGAUGAAGAAAAUAACCUCCUCGUUAUUUGGAACGACUGAAGCAUCUAUGUAAGACGAGGCGAAAAUAAAAAGACGUACGAAAGUGUUUUUUUAUGGGGAUACAUUAAUUACGAGUACGAAUUAGUCGAGGGACGAACGCUGAUAUUAAAUAAAUAGCAUUACAAUAUUGCACGGAAUAUAAUUGUUCUCUUUGAAAUCAUUCAUGAUAAUAAUUUCGAUGACGAUUCGUUCUCUCGAUGGGAUGUACGUUGUGUAAAUUAAUCGGGACGUUGAUCGAUAUAUCAAAUGGAAUAUACCUUGUUAAUUCUUUACUUAUCCAAAUCAGUUCAGUUUGCGUGUCUCUGCGAUAGAAAAGUCUAUACUACCGACGAAACCAAUGGGAACCAAUGUUUAAGAAUGUUACGGAAGAGAAAUGCAACGUACCUUAAACACACGUAGAAAACGUAUUAGAAUAGAAGGGACGCUAGGACCAAAAAAAGAUUAUAUUUUUAAAUACCACUUAUAUUACUUCAUUGCGAUCGUUACGACGCUUGAACUAUUUCAAGAAAAAUCUUCUCGUAAUAUCCUGCAUCGGUGCUGCCGCACUGAUUUUGAUUCGACAUUAAUAUUUCACAUUUAUAACGGAAAGUAAUGGAUUAUUUACGAAAGAAUAAGAAGAGGAAAAUAACGAUGCUUUUGUUUACUCGUAAACAACCAAGAGAAUUCUAAAUAGGUACUACUUACAUUACGUAUGUUUUACAUUAUUAUCGUUCGUUUCGUGUACGCUUACGUACCGAAAGAGUGCCUCGGAUCUUGGUUCUUUAGUAUCGAAAACAAGUUGCGAAAACUUACGAGCUCUUCCCUCCCUAAAAAACUUCGAUCGAAGAUUUAUUAUUAUCAGAGAGUGGAGUGCAUCGGUGUUGCAUCAUUGCGAGCGACACGAAUGUUGAAUGAAUUUUGGAGAGGUAAUACGAAUGAAGGAUAUAACUCCGCUGUAAAUACGUACGAAUAGUAUCCUAACCCCGGUACCCGCUUAAAGUACUUGUACUUUAGUACCUACUUAUAUACAAGUAUAGGUACUCUCGACAAAACUUCCCAAAGAGGCAAGUACAGGUGUACUUAUUUUUAUCUUGCAUAAAAAUCUAUAUCAUAGAGAUUGCUCGAAUGUUUUUAUUUGAUAAAAAAGAAGAAAAAUCCUUUCCCCGUUACAGAAACGGACGGCCGGUUCGUACGAUCGAUUUCGAUCCAAUAUCCAAUUUUAAAUAUCAUUUUACUUAUUCAUUGUACUUUACGUACCGAUUAUAGAUGAUAAACGAAGUUUAAUCCUAUCGUCCAUGUCUUCCAUCUAAUACUAUUAAAGAUAAGUUACUUCGAGUAAUAUCGUUUCGAAUACGGAAUAAUAAUUGACGAGAAUACAUAAUGGUAAUGUAUCAAAUAAAAAUAACUACUCGAGAAUAUGUUUCAGGAGAUUAAGUAAGUACACCCCAAGUGUCUCACCUAUACGUGUAUAUAUUAGAUACACCAGUUCCUAGGCACGAGUGCAACGGUACAUUACGAAGCAGUUUGAAGCAUGAUAAAAUACCAUGUCGUACGAUUCAAUUAUAGUAAUCAUCACCUUAUGACGCAAUUUCCAACCGCGUACAUGUAUUUUCCAAAAACUCUCUAUGAAAUAUACUACAUUUUGCGUAAAAUUCAAUGAAUCUAAAAAAAUAGUACCUUCUAUCCGGCUGCUUCCUACGUACGAUCGAUCUUUUAAAAACAAUACAUGAUCAAUUUCCAAUAUGAUCAAUAUUUAAUUCGAUCAACAUUCGUAUUAGUAAAAAAUUCAUUUAAUUCAAUAUUGAUCAACACUGGAGUUUAUAAUGCCUGAGAGAAAAAUAAACGUAUGAAUAAGCCUGUACAGUGAUGUGAAUACAUUCGCAUAAAGACAAAUAAUUCUUCAUGUUUACGUGAUAAAAAGAAGAAGAAGAAAAAGAAAAAGAAAGAAAAAAGAACAAACAAACAAAGAAAAGAAAAGAACUUAAAAAACUUAAACGAUAGAAACAAAUCUAACAUUAAUUUAUUACAAAAUAUAUUAAGAUACUACGAAAAUAAAUGCGCUUAGUAUUCAUUUCGUUUUU